AUGCUGCCGCUCCUUCUGCUCCUGCUGCUCUGGGGACCUGAGAGGGUGGAUGGCGUGUGGAAAAACCCUGAGGGUUACGUGCUGAAUGUGCCAAGUCAGGUGACUGUGCAGGAGGGCCUCUGUGUCCAUGUGCCUUGCAAUUUCUCCUAUCCCCGGGAUUAUUGGACUGAAUCAGACCCAGUUUAUGGCUUCUGGUUCUUGCAAAGGUCGGAUACAAAACGUGAUUCUCCAGUGGCUACUAACAAGCCAGAGCAACGCGUCCAGAAGGCUGCUGUGGGCAGAUUCUACCUUGUUGGGGAUCCAAAGGACAACAACUGUACCUUGGAAAUCAGAGAUGCCAGGAAGAACAAGAUGUCAUACUUCUUUCGGCUAGAGAGAGGGAAUACAAAGUGGAACUAUCAGAAACUUGUACUUGUGAUUGUGAAAGCCCUAACUCACAACCCCCACAUCGACGUCCCAGAGACCUUAGAGGCCGGCCAGCCCAGCAACCUGACCUGCUCUGCUCCCUGGGCAUGUGAAUCGGGCCCACCUCCCAUCUUAUCCUGGACUAUGGGCUCUGUGACAACCCUGGGCCCCAGUAACACUCGCUCCUUGGUGUUGAGCCUCAUGCCCCGGCCCCAGGACCAUGGCACCAAUCUCACCUGCAUGGUGACUCUACCUGGACCCAAUGUGACCAGGAGAACGACCACCUAUCUCAACGUGUCAUAUGCUCCACAGAACCUGACUGUGACCACCUGGGAAGGAGUUGGAGGAGCAUCCACAUUCCUGGAGAAUGGCUCAUUUCUCCUAAUUCCAGAGGGACAGUCUCUGAGUCUGCUCUGUGCGGCUGACAGCAACCCCCCUGCUAGACUGAGCUGGUUCUGGGGAAACCUGAGUGUGGGCCCUUUGCAUCCAUCCAACCCUGGUUUGCUCGAAUUAUCUCCACUCCAUCUCAAAGUGGGCGGAGAGUUCACCUGCAAGGCUCAGAACACUGUGGGCUCCCAACAGCUCUCCUUGAGCCUGGCCAUGGAAGGUAACGCAGCUCUGUCCGGAGUGAUGUGGGGGGUCUUCGUGGGCGCAGGCACCACAGCCCUGGUCUUCUCAUUCUUCUGCAUCAUUCUCAUGUUAGUAAUGUUCUGGAGAAGGAAGUCAGCAAGUACCACGGCGGAGGUGACGGAUCUCAGUGCCCUCAAGGGCUCAGUGUCUCAGAAUCCCUUGGUUGAAUCACAGACAGAUGAAAGCUUAUCACCCCAGCCUCCCACAGCCAUGGCCACGCCCUCUGCUAAGGAGGAAGAAGAGGAAUAUUAUGCGUCCCUCACCUUUCAUGAGAUGAAGCCCAGGGACCCACAGAAACAGCAGAACACUGAGUACUCGGAGAUAAAGAUCAACAAAUGAGGAACCACAUGGUCUUGGUCAUGGUGGACAUCAGAGCCUGCCUGGUCCUGGAGAAGGAAAAGCCUCUGGGUCACCAUGCUGUGAACAGGACUCCAGAGCCCGCUUCUCCUGCCAUCACGGGACCUACCCAUGAUGGCCACCCAACCCCCAGCCUCUGGUGACCACUGUGUAGUCUCAGGCUGGCCUCGAACUCAUAACGAUCGUCCUACCUCUGCCUCCCAAGUGCUGGGAUUAAAGGUAUG